AUGCUCGGACGAACUUCAGGACCCGCUGCCCGCACUGCUAGACAACAGCUACGAACAAAAGCCCGUGUUCCCAAUGCCCGCUUCCAAUCUACUACAUCCAAUGCCGGCUCAAGUGGUGCCAACCCUGCUUUAGUCGGUGGUGCUGCCGGUGCAGCUGCCGCAGUCGUUACUGGAUACACCUGGUACCACUUCUCCGGAGUCAAGACAGUCGUGAACACCAGCAAACAAACACAAGCCUACUUCGACCAAGCCAAACAAAAGAUUGCCGAGAAGACUCCCGAACCCAACGAGGCCUUCGAUUGGUUGAGAGAUACCGUCAAGAGCUACGCCGUCUUCAUCCCCGGGGCCCGUGCCUACGUUGACACCGCAUUCGACGACUUGGAGAAGAUUCGCAAAGACCACGGAAAGGAAUUCGAUCAAGUCAUCAGUGACGCAUAUAAGGAACUACAUGAUCUUACAAAGAGCGAGGGUGUCACUACCGCUUCGGCAGGCAAGGCACUGCAAAUCCUACAAAAAUACUCCAAGAGCCUCUUCGAUCUGGCUGGCGAUGCUGCCGGCAACAUCCUUGACAACCACCCCCAGUUGAAGGAGAAGUUCGGAGACAGCUACGACCAGCUGAAGCAGAUGGGUGAAUCCUACGGACCCCAGGCAAAGGAGGAGUUCAAUAAGACUUGGGAGCAGAUCUCCAGCAUUGUGCAGCGUGGCGUGAGUGUGGACACGGUCGCUGAGAUCAAGAAAUUGAUCGAAGAUAAGAAGGAGAAGCUUCAGAAAUACGGCGAUGAGGCCUGGCAGAAGGGACUUGAGCAGUCUCAACAAUAUCUAGAGAAGAACCCCAAGCUCAAGGAACUGGUCGAGAACAACGCCGAUGCAUUGAAAAAGGGCAACUUCCAAGAGCUGUGGGGCCUUGUCAAGGACAGUGCUUCUUCAGGCAAGACUGAGGAAGUCGAGAAGUACGUCAAGGAUAAGGUCGGCCAGGCCAAGAACUCCGACUUGGGCAACCUUGACAAGUGGCUCAACAUGGUCCCCGGUGGUUCCCAAGUAAUCCCCCAGCUGCAGGCAUUGCAGACUAUUGCACAGGCGAAGGGCGACGAAGCACAGGGUGUUCUCAAGGAGACUCUUGAGGAACUGCAGCAGGUGCUGAAGAAGCGCAAGGAGCAAGUCGAGAAGCUCGCCGAGGAAGGCAAGCAGGAAACCAAGGAUACCAAGGAGUCUAAGUAG